UGGAUUUGCAAGCAACACCAUUUCUUUGCUUUUGGUUAAGAGGGAAAAAUGGCAGAAGUUAUUAGUGUUCAAAAUGAGAACAAGUUGGAAGGAAAAGUAAUUAUAAUCACCGCUGGAGCCAGCGGUAUUGGAGAGGCAACGGCGAGGUUAUUCGGCCAUCAUAACCCGAGGAUGAUUGUGAUUUCAGACAUCCAAGAUAAAUUAGGCCAGGAUGUAGUCACUUCCGUAGGUCCACAAAUGUGUUCCUACAUCCACUGUGAUGUCACCGGUGAAUUACAAGUCAAAUCAACGGUUGAUUCCACAGUGAAGCGCUACGGAGGACUCGAUAUCAUGUUUAGCAAUGCUGGGAUCGUGAACUUCAAUCAGCAAACAAUCCUUGAUCUAGACUUGUCUGCUUAUGAUCGUCUCAUGGCUAUCAAUGCUCGUGGGAUGCUUGCUUGUGUGAAGCACGCUGCGAGGGCCAUGGUUGACGGUGGGUCAAAAGGUAGCAUAGUGUGCACUGCUAGCAUUGCAGCAAGCUUACCGCUAGGCGGAUAUGUGGAUUACGGGAUGUCUAAGCAUGCAGUAUUGGGGUUGAUGAGAUCAGCUAGUGUACAGCUCGGCAAGUACGGCGUCAGUGUGAAUUGUGUAUCACCAUCAGCUCUUGGAACUCCAAUGACGUGCCAAGCCUAUGGAACUGAUGUAGAGGGCGUCGAGAAGAGGUUUCUGAGUUCAUGUGCUUUAGGAGGCGACGGGUUAGCUUUGAAGGCAAUUGCUAAUGCAGUGUUGUUCUUGGCUUCAGAUGAUUCUGCCUUCAUUACUGGCCAUGAUCUGGUUGUUGAUGGUGGCUACAUACCAUCUUCGUUAACCCACUAGUCUAAUUAUAAUCUGAGCUGCAAUCAUCUCUGUAUGACCCAAUUCUGUACUAUCAGAAUACUUAUCUUAUCCUAUCAAUAAAUGAGCUUUGAAUAGUAUGUA